CAUCAGUCCACUACACCUUCACCACCAACUGAACCGUUACUUCAAGUGCUUACCCCUGCAGUUCAACCGGCGUCGUCUUCUCAAAGCCCUCAGGGUCAGGGUUCGUCUUCGCCGUCGACAAGAGCUGCCCCCACACCCCCAGGUGGGUCCGUUCCCCUUAUCUCACAAUGCCUUAAACGCGAGUGACUGGUAUGUGGUUAAUUCACAGACAGACUGACUUUCAGUCUAAAUAGCCUCGUGUAGUCGCGUGUUGUCAUGGGGCGACGAGUAGAUUCCUUCGUCCACUGACUAUGAAAUACGCGGUGGAUAGAAAUGUAUCUGCCACGUUCAGCGCCUUGGGCUCUGUUCUGCUGAGAACAGCUGAGCGUCGCUUGAUCGAGCCAUCAGCUUUAAACUCAGUAACAACAUCUCUGUCGCGCAUUGUAACGACGACUCAAAAAUUGUAGUUUGAAAGUCGUAAAAAAUACCUUAUUUAGCAAAACCUGAACAUAAAUCUGUGUGAUACAGAAAACAGAAGAUAGCUAAGGAUCCGUUUAUGAAGAUAUCAAAAAAUUCAGUGAAGUGAUAAGUUUGUGGACUACAAAAAUAAGAUUCCGGGUAUCAUUUGGAAUUUGAUUUAUAGACGGAGGAGAAAAAUAUUCAGAUAAACAAGUAGAAACAAAUGAAGAUCUGAAUGGUGCUGAUAAAUUACGAUACCAGGAUGCAUAGAAGACAUGCAAACUUCAACAACCUGCCUCUACAAGAACAAAAGCGACGACAACAACAACAACAACAAUAGGAACAACAAUUCUGGUAUCUGUCUCAGCUCCGAAGUGCCCAAGGAGGUGGCCGUGUCGACUGAACUGAGCAGCCUAGGACCCCGCGGCACUGCACCCUUCACUGUGGCGUCAAGUAUGCUGCUGCUGCACACACAGUCCCCAUUCGGACCAAGCAGCUUCGCCGACCUGCUGUCCGCGCCAUAUUCUGAAGACACAGGAGCCCUCUCGGAGGAGCUCGACCCAUUUCCGGACGUGAUAUUCCAUCAGGAACCACCGCCUCCCCACCACGAGUCUCCCGGAGGAAGUGCGGGCCCCUUGAGCCCCGUAGGACCUGCAGCCCCCCUUCCCAGCUUCCAGGAAACGUAUUCUCCCCGCUAUACCCGACCAACAGAACUCGCCAGUACGUCCCAGCAACAAGGUUACAAGAUGGACGAGGAGUGCUACAACGUCCCCACUCCGUACAACCAUAAUCACCAUCACCACCACCCAGCUGUGGUCCCUACACCAGCGCCAUCCCCUUAUGACUUUCAGCCGUCUGCCCCACAACCAGCGCCUUAUUCGCCCUACUUCCCGCAGCAGAGUCCUGGUUUCGAGCCCACACCGCUGCCUCAAGACACAUACUCGCUGCCCCACUUUCCAAGUACGUCGGAACUGCACGUAACUACAACCCUGAGCCCGCGACAGCGGCGGGCUUCCUUACCACUGCAACGCUCCGAAUCUACUAGUAGCAGCGAAUCUCCGAAGCUUCGGCUGGGGCCGAUACCCUCGGGAGGUCCUGCGCCAUCAGCUUCGUCAUCAGCAUCCUCUUCCCCGGGCUGUGGUGGACUGAGCGACGUGGUGUCCCCAGCAGUCACAGUCCCUCCUCCCACACCAGCAGCAUCCACAGCUCCCAGCACAGGGGGCGCAGUGCCCCGAACGAGCGGUGGGCCCGCUCCCCAGUCGCCAUCGCAGCUGUGUGCUGUGUGUGGAGACACCGCAGCCUGCCAACACUACGGAGUGCGGACUUGCGAGGGCUGCAAGGGUUUCUUCAAGAGGACUGUUCAGAAAGGGUCCAAGUACGUGUGUCUUGCCGACAAAGCGUGCCCGGUGGACAAGAGACGCCGUAACCGCUGUCAGUUCUGCCGCUUCCAGAAGUGCCUCGCUGUGGGCAUGGUCAAGGAAGUAGUGCGCACUGACUCGCUGAAGGGCCGCAGGGGCAGGCUCCCCUCAAAACCCAAGUCGCCUCAAGAAUCUCCCCCUAGCCCUCCUGUCUCUCUGAUCACAGCUCUGGUGCGGGCCCACGUGGACACAACUCCUGAUCUCGCGAACCUUGACUACUCACAGUAUCGUGAACCCACGCCAAAUGAACCUCCGAUGAGUGAAGCAGAAAAGAUUCAGCAGUUCUACAGCCUGCUCACAACAUCUGUGGACGUGAUUCGCACAUUCGCCGAUAAGAUUCCAGGUUUCGUAGAGCUCAACAGAGACGACCAGGAGUUACUCUUCCAAUCCGCUUCUCUUGAGCUCUUCGUCUUGCGCCUUGCGCACAGGACAAGGCCAGACGAUACUAAACUCACAUUCUGCAAUGGAGUAGUGUUGGACAAGCAGCAAUGCCAGCGGAGUUUCGGCGACUGGUUGCACGCCAUUCUCGAUUUUUGUCAUUCUCUACAUGCCAUGGACAUUGACAUCUCCGCAUUUGCAUGCCUCUGUGCUCUGACACUCGUUACCGAGCGCCAUGGCUUGAAGGAGCCACACAAAGUGGAGCAGCUACAGAUGAAAAUAAUUGGCUCACUGCGGGAUCACGUAACAUACAAUGCCGAGGCCCAAAGAAAAACACAUUACUUCUCACGAUUGCUUGGAAAGCUUCCAGAGCUGAGGUCGUUGAGUGUGCAGGGACUUCAGCGCAUCUUCUACCUCAAGCUGGAGGACCUAGUGCCUGCUCCCCCACUCAUCGAGAACAUGUUCGUGGCCAGCUUACCUUUUUGAACUGCUCGUUCUUAUACGGAGCGCAACCUGUAGGUCCGUGUGAUCUGCCAACUUCGUGGGAAACCUUGGUCAUCUCUAAGUACAACUUCAAUCCAUAUGGAGGCUGGACAUCUGGAUAAUCUGAUAAUCUUCCUAGAUGUGAAUUUUUCAAGACGCCUGUAUGAUCUCCCAACCAGUUACCAUGACAUACAAUUUGUUAGGUCCUGACGAUGGUGUAUUGCUAAGUCUCCUCCUGUCCUCAUGAAGGAUUCUAAUCAUUGCGUGUGAUAAUGCAUGACCUUUAAGAUACCCUGACUGUUGGUUACCUUUAGCCAUUUCCCUUGCCAUAUAAACCCCCAGUUUUAUUUAAUCAAUAUGAUAAUGUGAAAGUAUUGAUAGUUGCCUGCGAUAGGACUCUGAUUUGAGAUCUGUGCUGUAGACAUUUGACCCUUUAGAUAGCCUUCCAAAGCUUCCAUUGGGCUUAGAUUUCCUUUGAAAUAAUCCUAGUUCCUUCUAUGUGUUCGACUCUUAUGAUCGUGCUUGCACCAGUUCUCGAAGAAAGAAUGUUUUUGGAGUUGAGUUUCUGAAUCAGACGGACCAAAUCGGUCACACCAGUAGCCGGUGCAGCUGCCGUCAGAAUUAUUGCGGCGCGUCUCGUGGCUUGAUAUGUAGCCUGUCUUCAUUUCUCUUUUGUGGCUGUGGACCGUCAAUAAGAAGAGAAGUAAUCAUUUCGUACGACAGGAAUCUUUGUACAUUGAUCGCUGAGAGACGCUCCUGUAAAGUAUUCUUUAUUAUCUACAUUUCCUAAUGAGACCAAUUGUGAUAAAUAAUGAUGGGAGAUGUAGUAAUACUUUUAAGAAUAGGUUAUUCUAUUUGUGUUGCUCUUCAGCGUGCAAUUUUAAGGUUGUGAGUGUGUAAUGUGUGAAUGUAUGUUUGUGUGUAUGUAAGAAUUCUUCAAAUUUUCUUGCAUGCAAACGCGUCGGAUAUUACGCACAAAACAGAAGUCUAGUACGUACUGCGGACAUAAAUGCAAUAUUUUAUUAUUUUCAUUUUAGCUUGUUAAUUGAACUUUGAAGUUACCAUAAAGUUUAAGAAGAUAAAGUAAUUUAUACACACACAUAUAGUGAGCAGACUGGCACUUGUGUGUGCACAGCAGUGAGGGAGCCAAGAUGGAGCCUGAACACUCGCUUCUCUCUCUCUCAAUUUCUCUUUGUCCAUGGUGUGAUACAGAUGUGAGAUCCUUUUAGACAAAUAUGUCUUCUCAAAUGGUUGCAGCAAUAUCACUUCUGUCGAGUAUUACUUCCCAUUCUAUGCCAGAUCUUUCCCACAAUCUAUCUCAAAUUAUAUCUACAACUUAUCUUCAUCAUUAUAAGAAUGGGGAACUUAGUCGGAGUAACAUAUUAAGUAACCGUUAACUUUCCUUGUGCCAAGCAAAACCACUGUUUCACUUUAUCAAAUGGAGAAACCUGAAAGGUGAAUGUUUAGAUCGCGUAUUUCUCUUUAUUUGAUUCGUUGCCAUAGACUGUGCUGAGAAGGAGCUCAUUCCCUGUAUCUAAAUUAAAAUUUAUUAAAAUGUCGCUAUAUCAUAAUAAAUGUUUCAAUGUUGAAUUUAAUUGUAAGAUUUGGGGUUU